ACACCGUAGUAUAGCCAAGUCAGCACCACAACUGAGAGUGAGAAAUUAGAAGUAACGAUAAGAUAAGAGAGCCUCUCAAAUUUUCUUUUCCUUCCCCUUCUUCUUCUUCUGCUUCUUCCUAAUCUCCGUUAUCAACACCACCCGAUGGAAGCCACAGCCACCGCCGUAAUGAGCUUUGCCCUUCCCUCCACCAAUUCCAAGACACAAACUUGCCACCUCCUCACACGACCCAUUAAUCCAUUCAGCCUUCCCCCAUCCUCCAAAACCCAUCUCCGCCUCCCCCGCCCCCACAACCACCGCCUACCCACCAUAACCGCCGCCAUUUCCCGCACCAAGAAGGAAGCCACCGUCGAAACCGUGAAACAGCAGCUCGAGAAUUGCUACCUCCUCGCUGGCAUCAACUAUAAGGGAUUCACCGUGAAGCAGUUCCAGGAGCUCCGAAAAUCCCUCCCCGAAACCACGAAGCUCCUCGUCGCGAAGAACACGCUCGUGUACAAGGCGGUGGAGGGCACGCGCUGGGAGACCCUGAAACCCUGCAUGAAGGGCAUGAACGUGUGGCUCUUCGUCCACACGGAGGAGAUCCCUGCUGCCAUUAAACCCUACAGAGACUUCCAGAAAGAGAAGAAGCUCGAAGAGAACGAUUUCACCGGUGGAGUCUUCGAAGGCAAGUUCUACGGCCCCGAUGAGUUCAAAAAGCUUGAGACUUUGCCCACGCGCGCUGAGAUUUAUGCCAAUUUAUUGGGAUCAUUGAAGAGCCCCGCCUCUGCUCUCGUCAGCACUCUUCAGGCUCCAGCCAGGGACGUUGUAAUGGUUCUCAAGGCCUAUGUCAAGAAGCUCGAAGAAGAGGCUGGUGCCGCCCAAUCAUAGCAUAGGUUAAAGUGUGCCGAGAGUAUGGUUCUUUUCCACCUAUAAGAAGAGGAAGAACGAGAGUGUGGGGAAGGGGAGGCCAUUGCUAUUCUUCUUGGCAAGCCGUAUUUGUACCCAGAUACUGAUGAGUAGGUUGCUCCCUAUUCCUUAUCAUCAUAAAUAUCCUAUGCUUCUUGAUGAAGAUGAGGAACAGUUUGGAAAGGAUGAUCUUAAAAAUGUGAUUAAGAAUUAUGAGAAAUGUGUGAUAUCAUCAAAUGGUAGUUUGGAACCAGGGAUUGUGAAGGAUGAUGAGUUACGUUCACCAGAUGCUCGACUUAAUGUCUCUAAGAAAGAUGAUCAAGAAAUAGACGAGGAGAAUUCGGCAGGGAGAAUGCUUGAUGAUGAGGUUAUAGGAGAUAAAUUGACUAUGGAAUUGUGACGAAAGAAGAGUUGAGUGGGAAAAGUAAUGGGGAGCAAGCAAUGACAGUGGGAGACAUGGAUAGAUAAGUGAAUUUAUAAUUUACAAACGGUUUUUUAAACAUUUAACUUUAAUAGAGACCAAAUUUUAAAAAAAUAUAUAUAAUAUAAAAAUUUAAUAAUUAAAAAUUUGGUAAAAUUAUAAGUAAGUGCAGAACAUUUGAACUUAUUCUUUUUACUAACAAAAGAGAAUAAAGCAAAUAGUUCAAAAAUUUCAAAUCUGAUUCAAACAAUAUCAAGGUAUACUGCUAUUUUUUUUCUUUGUUUAACUUCUAUCACAUUUACCCAUGGAUUAUUGUGAACCUUAUUGAUAUCUUCUUAUGUUAUCGUGUUCUUGUUCUAUUUUUUUGUUCAUUGGUCCUUUUCGAUUUUUGGUUCUUUUGCCUCUCUCAAGAUGUGCACUGUUUCCCUCAUCUUCUAGAUUC